GGUGGUCCUGGGGGAGGGGGGUGUAAGGCAGAGAUGAAGGGAGAUAAUAGGGUAAUGCCAAUAUUUCCCUCUCUCUGCAGUGGCCAGUCUCUGGGAUAUGAUCUGUGUGUGUGUGUAUUGAAGCAGCUCUGAUUUAUCUCUCACUUCUGAUCUUCAGGUGUUUGUGUGUAACUGUAAGGAAGACCCCAGUGAAUUGCUGCUGCUGCCAUUGAUGUUAAUUCAGCUGGAGCUGCUGCUGAGGGAUCCUGUCCCAGCUCCACGUCUAAGUCGCGGCUACAGCAGCAGCAGCCAAUGAGCGCGGCUCAUGAGCGGGAGGAGGAAAGCGCAGGCUGAGUGGGAAAGUUGACUGGAGAGUCGGCAGAAAAGUGCAUCACAAUUAAAGUAGAGAGGGAAGGAGUGGUUGCGGCUGCACGUGGGUUUCAGUUGGGGUUUGAGGUGGAUGAGGAUUCCCUGUGGUGCUUCUCUCUGGUCACUGUUGGAUGAGCGAGGGCAGCGGCAGUUAUCAGGGCAGGACCCCCAGGGAAGAGACACGUUCCCCUCCUGAGAACUAAAAGGCGCAGUCUGAGUGAAGACGCAGCAAAGUUGCCGGAGCGCUGCCUCCCUCCCCACCGGAGCUGUUCAGCACCACGGACAGCGCUCCCUCCCCGCGCAGAGCGGCGCUCGCUUCAGCACCACGGACAGCUGCUCCGGCUCUGAGGUUUCAGUUUCUCGCUGGUGCCCCGAAAGGCUUCAAGAUUCCGUCUAAAAGCGGACAGGAGGAGCGGCCCCCCGCGCUGAGCCGGCUGGUGGCCAGGAAGAGGCUGGUGGCGGCGGGGGCGCUGGGGGUGAUUAUGGUGCUGGUCUUGGUCAUUCUCAUUCCGGUUCUGGUGAACUCAGCCGGGACUUCGGCGCAUUACGAGAUGUUGGGCACCUGUCACAUGGUCUGUGAUCCGUACGGCACCAAAUCCCCCAGCACUGCCCCUGCGGAAACGGUGCGGGAGCAAAGUCUUCUUCAGUCUCUUCCCACCUUCAUCCAGGGACCCAAGGGGGAACCGGGACGGCCGGGAAAGGUUGGACCGAGGGGACCACCGGGAGAACCAGGACCUCCCGGGCCAAUGGGACCACCGGGGGAAAGGGGGGAGUCGGGCAGACCGGGUCUUCCAGGUCCCGCAGGGGCUCCAGGGUUGAACGCCGCCGGGGCUAUUAGCGCCGCCACUUACAGCACCGUGCCCAAGAUCGCCUUCUACGCCGGACUUAAGCGCCAGCACGAGGGGUACGAGCUGCUCAAGUUUGACGAUGUGGUCACCAACCUGGGAAACCACUACGACCCGACCACCGGCAAGUUCACCUGCUCCAUCCCCGGCAUUUACUUCUUCACUUACCACGUCCUGAUGCGCGGGGGGGAUGGGACCAGCAUGUGGGCAGAUCUGUGCAAGAACAACCAGGUGCGUGCAAGUGCCAUUGCCCAGGAUGCAGACCAAAACUAUGACUAUGCCAGCAACAGUGCGGUUCUUCAUCUGGAGCCUGGCGAUGAGGUUUAUAUUAAACUGGAUGGAGGGAAAGCUCAUGGGGGGAACAACAACAAAUAUAGCACAUUUUCUGGAUUUAUCAUCUACGCCGACUGAGGACAUUUCUCCAAAGAGCAAAUGACUUUCCCCGUGGAGAUUGUCGUCAUGGAUUUCUUGGUUUUUACUCAAUCCAUAAAAAUACUGAUUAGGGGACAACAAUGCCAAUGAAGAUGCUACAAACUUUAAGAUAUUAACUAAAUUAAAUACAUAUAAGUGUUGUACGAGUUCCACAGGUUGUGUCAUGCCCUGUCACCAAAGCAAGCAUUCUCUGUUUGUGCCUGGGUGAAUUGAAACAAGUACUAUAAAAUACAGAUUUUCUAAACAAACGUUCGCACAAGAGAAAACAUUCCCUACAUACAGUAUACUCAAUCGAUAUCCUAUAAUCUCGCUGCUUUAUCCAUGUGUGGAUUGUGUGAGUUGCCUGCCUAUGACACUGCUUGGAGUUUACUAGUAACGGGGCGAAGACUGAGAAAGGGGAUGGACCGUAAGCUGUGAUUGGUGCAACCAGACAGCGCUAUUUAUACUUGGCCAGUCCUUGUGACUGUCAUGCAGCCUAAAUAUCUGAAAGAAAACAAAUGAAAGAUAACCGGAAAAAUGACGUAUUACCUUGAUGGUGUAUUGUAAUUAAACUGUAAAAUAGGAAGAUUAAGACAAGAAAAGUAAUUUAACGUUUCUAUUGAAUGCUGAAAAGCAAUGUGCAUUUAUUUUAUAUUUGCCUUAGGUUGGAUUUCUUUUUUUGUACCCAAGAUCAUUAGCAGUGAUGGGCGAAUAAAUUUGGCAGGCGCGAAAUUUCCACAUUUUGCUGCCGGCGAAUAAAUUCAUGAAACUGUCGUGAAAAUUCGGCAGCGUCUAAUAAUUUGGACGCGCGUUGGAAAAGUAGCCUGCGUCAAAACAGUUGCGCAUCAAAAUUAUUCAGACGCCAAUUGAAUUUAAUGCGGGCGUCAAAAUUGACACGGGAGUCAAAAUUUAAGCAGGCGUUACAAUUCGAAUUUUGUGAUUUUUUUCGCCAUUUUGCGGGAAAUUCACAAAUUUUUCAGUGAAGCGAAACGGGACAAAUUCGCCCAUUACUGAUCAUUAGUGUAUUGUAUAUGGAUAACAGAGAAUAGCACAGAGCAUUAAUUCAAUUCAACUGUCUUUUCCUAUCUGGAAAAGAGCAAUACAGGCCAUUAUGUAGCCACACACUUCAAUACGGUAUCGAUAUAGCGGAGGUAAAUGACACUUUCAGUGCGGUUAUUGUGAUGUUUGCUUGCCUCCUAAAAGAGAUAACGGAAGGCAUUUCUGAUUUGUGUAGGAGCUAGUGAAACGCUGGCCUACAUUUAGCACUUUUUAUGCAAAUAGAACUUAAACAGUAAUAAACCCCCUGCGCCCUUUGAUAAAUCUAAGGCACGGUGGGGAGCACUGGAGAGACGGAAGUAUCUUACGAGUCAUUUUUAAUUCCUGUGGCUUUCUUCUAUUCCCGAAAUAGCACAGUCUUAGCCCGUUCUCCCAUCUUCCCACAAUGUGUUUUUUUUUUUAAAGAUGUGCAGGAGAAGAUCUGAAUGUCUAAAAAAAGAUAAUGCUGAAGUUUUAUUAAUGAUUUUUAAUAGGUACCGGCCUUUAUGAUAACUCUGGCAAUGAAUCGCUACCAAAGAUAGUUCUAGAGAAACCUUGGAUUUCUGUCAGUCCUAAAAAAAAAAGUAAUUAGAGCAGAGCUGCUGAAAACAGUUCCCAGCUUCAUAAUAUAGCAGCCAGCUGCUGGAGCAUGAUCAGACUGAAUGAUGGGAAUUGUAGUUUAUGAUAAGGCCUAAUCAUCAAUAGUGUGUGUCACUAUGUUAGUCUUAAUUUAAUUUAAUUCCAUUAGCUCCAGGUCUAGUAACCUAUACCAAUUUAAUUUGGAUGGUAGUAAUGCUGUCUGCAUAUUAUUUGAUAGGGGUCACUACAAACUGGAACAAGCCUUGCAGCAGUUAUGUAACCCCAGUACCGUAUGGCCUGUGCUGUAGGAACAUAGGCAACGGUUGCUCUAGUUUGGUAACCCACAAAAACAGUAAAUUUGAAAAAGUCCAUUGAGGUUCUGUACAAAGUGGUAAACAGAAGUCCCAUCGGUUUAUUCAGUUAUUAGUAAUUCUAAUAAUCACAAUGACUCUCACUCGCCAUUUCCAUAUAGAGCCAGCUCAUUUGGGCAAGGCAAUAUUUAGGCAUGUCAAAAACAAACUGCUGAAUAUAUAGGGGAUAAAAAGAGAAACAUAGAGUACCAUGCAGAUUUUGGAAAACUUAAUUUGUUGGAUGCCAUUAUUUAUAUGAGUUAUAGUCAUCUGCUGUUGCUGAUCUAUAACUAGCAUGAGAAGUUGCACUUCAACAACAGACAGGGUUUGGGCAGCACUAAUAUAGAGUAUUGGUGUUGCCAUCUUGCCCUAUUAUAGCUGCUCUCUCCGUACUGAACAACCUUUAACUACUGCACAGAAGGGCUCAGAACAGUUGCUCCAAUUUGCAGUACCGAACAGAAAGCUCUGCUGUCAGUAUUACAUUAGUCUUGUCUACAAAGCAUUAACUUAAUGGCCCAUAGACUAUGUGCACUAGGUAUUAGGAAUGGCUGUGACAGUUUUACAGGAUAGAAUGCCAUACAAGUACUGAUUACAGAUUUCAUAAAUCCUAUAGUUGGUGCAUAUACAUGUAGCAGUGCUAAUAUGACACCACACAUAACAAGAUGUGACCCAUUCUGGCACAGAUGAAACCCCUGCAUUGCUUAAGGUUUAUAAUGAGCUCAGUGUCGGACUGGCCCACUGGUAUACCAGGAAAACUCCCGGUGGGCCCAGGUGUCAGGGGGCCCUUGUG